UUUGUUUUUAUUUAAAAUUGCUUAAAAAUUAUUAUAAGUAUGACAAAAUUAAAGCCUUUAGUCUCGGUUAUAAGACCUGGUUUAAUUUCCUAUCAAAAUGGUUUGCAGUUACAACAUAAAUUGACCCAACAACCAAAUGAACCUUUUAAGGAAUUUCGUAAUUUUCUGGUGCUGCAAGAAUUUCAUCCCGUAUACACCAUAGGAAUACGUACCAAAAGCUAUAGCGAGCAAGAUGAACUAAAGUUACGUGAACUGGGUGCAGAAUUUUAUCGCACCAAUCGUGGUGGCCUGAUUACUUUUCACGGUCCCGGUCAGUUGGUGGCCUAUCCGCUGUUGCAUUUAAAACAAUUCAAACCCAGUAUGCGUUGGUAUGUUUCCAGCUUGGAACAAAUGAUUAUAGAGUGUUGCAAAAACAUGGGUAUCAAUAAUGCCACUACAACGCAGGACACGGGGAUAUGGAUAAACGAUCGUAAAAUUUGUGCCAUAGGAGUACAUGGUUCUCGUUAUGUUACUACACAUGGCAUAGGCUUUAACUGUUGUACCGAUUUGUCUUGGUUUGAACAUAUAGUGCCGUGUGGCAUAGAGGGCAAAGGUGUAACAUCAUUGACACAAGAGCUUCAGCGACAUAUAACGACCACAGAAGCAGCGAAUGUUUUGCUCAAAACAUUUUCAAAAGUUUUUAAUUGUGAUAUUGAGCAAUUUAGUGAACAAGAAAGUAAUGAUUUAAUUAAAAAAUCUUUGAAAACUUCGCUUUAAUAUUACGAACUAUAUACUUAUUUUAAGACCAAAGACAG